UGCCGGUCGCUGCCGGCGACUGCUGCCUGUUCAUGCCGCUGCGACUUACGUGACGGGCCCAACUUCAAAGCAGAUAACUACAGAGUACUCCGUACGGAGUAGGUGAAUGUGAUUGUUAGUCGCUGACCUGCACGUCGUAUUACCUACAGAUUAGCAUUCUCCUGUUCAGGUGUUCACUUGCCAUAGCUCGCUGCCUGCGCAGACAGGAUACCGAUUCUUAGACCUACCCUUGACAGCGCGACGAAGUCGAAAGCACGAAUGACCCGUCUUCUUUGCAACCACGAGUACCACUCAACCCGUCAACAGCUCCCACGUGUCUGGAACUUUGGACCUUCGUCUACUCUUGCCUUUCCAUGGGCUUAUCUGACAUAGGCGCAUUAGCUUUUAACACAAAACCUCGAGCUCUCGUGAGCUUCAUGCCAAAAGAUAGCCAACGGGGUUCCUUUCUAGGGGCAAUUUCGCCUUGGAGUACCCCGAGAAGUUCAACACCCUUGUCUACAUCCGACAAAACAAACGAUAUCCAAAAUGCCCUGAAGCAAACACAAGGACAAGAUCAUACUGUGACGCACAGGUACAGGCUUGGCUCCCACCGGUACCCUGAAGACUGCCCUCCUUUGAAUGUGAAGUGGUUUUAUGCAGUAGAUUCGCCGAAAAGGAAGCCGGAAUUAUCUGCUAGUCCUCGAAAUCAAGAAGAUACCAAGCUAUCUCCCCCCAAGAAGUUGGUGCAGUUCUCAAAUAGAGACUCUCAAGCAAUUGAAUUAGCUUUUCAAGAAUUAUCGAUGGUUGAGGGUGAAAGUCAGAAUUCACACUAUGAGCAAGGAGGCAUUGACCAGUCACGCACCCCGACCAAGGUUUCUGUGAAUGAGGAUUUCUUGUUUGAAGUCAAUGUGGAGCAGAGGGAGCUGGCACCAACAUACUGGUUAGGUCCCGUCUAUGAAGUACGCCGCGGGACCUGGUUCUUUCAGGAAGGAUCUACUCUGAAACCAUGCGAAGAGAAUUUGGCAACCCAGCUUGAGGAGGGAUAUCUAAAAUUGAAACCCUGGCGUUGCUUGGGUAAUAGUCAAUCUACACCAGCUGGUUUGUCGAAGGCGUAUAACCACGCAGAUUUUAGUCCUCAUUCUUUUUCUGGAAUGGGCACUGAAUUAAGGCAUUAUCGACUGUUCGGCGCCUAUAUGAGCAAGAUAGUCACAUAUCAAGAUUCAUCCACUGCACUGCUCACGAGUGAUGAUUUCAUGUCCAGGGUCAGCACGACCGUAUACCAGAAGCUGGGUGCUGUUGCAGGUACGAGAUUGGUACGAGGUUUCAGCGAUGCGAAGAAGCCCACAGAUCCUUCCAGAUCUGGUAUACCGCAGAAGAAGUCAGACCAAGGCCUCAAAUAUCGCACUGAAUUGACUGGAGAGCUCGGUAAAGACUUCGAAUCGAUGGGCUCAACAGCAUCGCCUGGAACUGCAAAUGCCCACGGUCCAUUUUAUUCCGAAAGAACGCGUCCGAUUGAAGAGUUUACUAGGGCAGCUCACGGCUCAGAAAUUGCCGAUCUGGAAGAGCGAGUGCGCACACAAGAACAAAAAGAAAUGGAGGCAUCGAAGGAUUCCAUUGAAGAUAGAGAUCGAGAGAUUGAUCAUCUGGUUCUAGUCACUCAUGGGAUUGGGCAACGACUUGGGCUACGCUUAGAAAGUGUCAAUUUCAUACAUGACGUCAAUGUUCUACGGAAGACUAUGAAAAGUGUUUACCGAGCGUCGCCCGACCUCCAGGCCUUCAACUCGCAAUUCGAUGAUAAACAUGAAAAUUGCCGUAUCCAGGUCUUGCCUGUGUGUUGGAGGCAUAUGCUCGACUUUCCUUAUCAGCGAAUGGAACAAAGUCGUAAGGAACUUGACCUAGCCGAUGCGGAAGCUCCCGAAGAUGAAAUACAAGCAUACCCUACCCUAUCUGAUAUUACGCUCGACAAUGUGCCUGCUGUUCGAAAUCUCAUUUCCGAUCUAGCCAUGGAUGUCCUGCUUUACCAGAGCGCGUAUUGUGAACAAAUUUCUCACAUAGUGAAAGGGGAAUGUAAUAGGAUCCUGCGGCUUUUUAAGGAGAGAAACCCAUCCUUCAAGGGCUCGGUAAGUCUCUGCGGUCAUUCGCUUGGCAGUGCAAUCCUGUUCGAUAUACUGUGUCAUGAACCCCAUGAUAGCAAUCAUGCGGCUGCCUCUAUCCAUGAGGACAGCCAAGCAGAGUUUAGUCGCAGUUUUUCAUUGGAUUUCAAUUGUCAGGACCUUUUCUGUCUAGGAUCCCCUGUAGCAUUGUUCCAAAUGCUGAAGGGAAAGACCAUAGCUGGGCGGCAGACGAGGGACAAGGGUUUAGUCAACGCAUUGGCCCUCUCAGAACAAAAAAAGAAUUCCCCGGAGUUGCUUUCACAACAUGGCUCUCAUCAAAGGUCUUCUGCCCAACAUUCGCCAAGUACAGCGACCGCUCAGAAGGGGCCAUCUGUUUCAUCUCCAAAAUGUGAGCAGCUUUACAAUAUCUUCCAUCCCUCUGACCCUGUGAGCUAUCGUUUAGAGCCUCUGAUAUCUCCUGCGUUGUCGUCGUUGAAACCACAGCCUUUACCAUCGGUAAAAAAAAGUCUGUGGGCAACAUCUGGCCAGUCUCUCUCGAUGAUUGGUAGUCGUGUCGGUCAGAGCGUGGGCUCUCUUUGGACAAACUUCACUUCAGGUGUCGCUAGCAGUCUGCUCAACCGCAGUCUGGGACUGAGUCCCGAGGAUACUUCUAGUCCUUCACCAUCCAAUGCUACUAAUCAAAAUGCUGAGAAUCGAUCCUCAGUUGCAGGUUUUUAUGCGUUGGGUGAGGACGAAAUUCGCCGCCCCACACUCCUUGAUCCUGAUUUGGAAACACUAUAUGGAACAGUUCACAGGCACAGUGCUUCAGAGAGGCAGAAUCCACAGGCAAACAAUGUCACUAGGGCCAGUGAGGCAGACAGUAGCUCGAAAAGGAUCUUACUGGAAGACGCAAAAGUGAGAGCUCUGAACGCCAAUGGACGUGUCGAUUAUAGCAUACAGGAGUAA